CCUGCCUCCGUGUACAGAGAGAGAGAGAGAGAAAGAAAGAAAGAAAUCUGCAUCUAUUUCAGCUUCAUCAUCUUUAUACGUACGCUCUAGUCCUCUGUCGUCCGCCAUGUUGGCUUUCGGACUCUUUGUGCCCCUGCUGUUGCUACGGGUCGGCUGUUGCCGGGCGACUGAAGUUCCAGAAGAUGCGAGUGCUGAGUUCUGGGUCCGACUGUACCAUCAACUCCAGAUGGCAGGGACCGAUGACAAUAUCAUCUUCUCUCCGCUGAGCGUGGCACUGGCCCUUGGCAUGGUGGAGCUCGGUGCUCGAGGGUCGUCACUGCAGCAGAUCAGACAGGCUGUGGGUUAUACAAACUACAGAGAAGACGAGGAGUUUGCAGUCCUCAAGAACCUAACCCAGGCUCUGAUCGGAGACGAGACCCAGUAUGUGGUGCGUCUGGCAAACUCGCUCUUCCUCCAGACCGGCGUUCACUUUAGUCCUGAGUUCCUAAAGCUCAUUAAGCAUUAUUUCCAUGCUGAAGCUGAGACGGUGGACUUUAACGAGUCAGCUUCUGUAGCUCAACACAUCAAUACCUGGGUCCAGAACCACACUGCGAGUAAGAUUAAUGACCUGGUUUCAGCAGAGGAUUUCAGCAGCUUGACGAGAAUAACACUGAUUAACGCCCUGUACUUCCGAGGCAGCUGGAAGAACCAGUUUCGCCCCGAAAACACUAGAACAUUUUCCUUUAGUAAAGACGACGGCAGUGAGGUGCAGACGCUGAUGAUGUACCAACAGGGUGACUUUUACUACGGUGAGUUCAGCGAUGGAAGCUCAGAGGCAGGAGGAGUGUAUCAGGUGCUGGAGAUGCCAUAUGAAGGUGAAGACAUGAGCAUGAUGAUCGCUUUGCCAAGACAGGAAGUUCCACUGGCCUCGUUGGAACCAAUCAUCAAAGCCUCCCUGAUUGAGGACUGGGCCAGUAAUGUGAAGAAGCAGAAAGUGGAAAUUUACCUGCCCAGGUUUAAAGUGGAGCAGAGGAUCGAUCUGAGAGACGCAUUACAGCAGCUCGGCAUCAAGAACAUCUUCACCAAAGAAGCAGACCUGUCGGGCAUGACCGCUGAGACAGAAGAACGGAAGGAUCUGUUCAUCGGAAAAGCCGUACAGAAGUCUUAUCUGGAGGUGACAGAGGAGGGAGCAGAGGGAGCUGCUGGAUCAGGGAUGAUUGCCCUGACAAGGACCAUGGUGUUAUACCCUCAGGUUAUGGCUGAUCAUCCCUUCUUUUUCAUCAUCCGGAACAGGAAGACAGGAUUCGUUCUUUUCAUGGGCCGAGUCAUGAACCCGGAGGUCGUCGAUCCCUUUGAUCCUGACUUAGAUUCAGUUUAAUGCACCGCUGAUAAAAAAUAACAAGGCCCAAAGAGUGCCAAUGCCAUUUUUAUUUUCUCUUCAUGGUUUUCGACAGGGUGAACCCUGCAUACACCAAUUAUACUCUACAUCAUAUGUGAUUGUAUUUUGAUACUCUCAGCUUUAACCACAAGAGCAGAUGAUGUAAAUAUAUCUGACAUAAUGGUCUCCGUGGCCAUGAUGGUAAAGGCAGCACUUGCGUUUAUACAUAUUUAUUGAGCUAUUUAACUGCAUUUCUUUUUUUUUCACCAGCAUCAGAGUAUGCACUUUUCAUUAUUGUAAAUUUGCUACAGUGUUUACAAAGUAGAUAUUUAUUGACUAUCGUUGUGCAGCCGUCUCUUAAUUCUUUCUCCGUCUUGCUUUCCGCCUUUUCCCCCUCACUCUCCUCAAUCUUCAAUGUGGCUGAAGUACUGCUGAAAUAUUGACAUGCCUUAUAAAUGAGUUUUCAAUUUCAUGAAUGUACAGUUAAGGAAGCAGGGUUACCAUGGCGACGCAGCAUGCAGACCACCUGUCUGGUGUACAGGGAUUUGAAUAAGAGACACACCAGCUGUAUUCUUAAUUUCAGAAAUAAAUAUGAAUGUGGAAAAGCUGUCUCAUGCAUCAUCUGUACCGCAGAUAAUGUAUAUUUUUUUAGGGAAUGAAAGCUGGACUGUCAUGAUGUAGCUAUGUUGUGGAUGUUUAUGAUGAUUAAUAACCAUCUUGUUUCAUUGUUGUGACAAAUCAGCUAGGCGUGUCGGGACAUUUUUUUUAAACACAGUAGCUGGUGAAAACAUUCUAUCAUUUGCUUAUACCAUAGAUUCAGGAUUCUUUUAUUGAUAGUAAUUGAGUUGUACAGUAUGCAAUAGGGAUCUGAAUGAUUUAAU